UCAGCAGACGACCCCAGUUCCAUGUGGAUAUCCCAACGACCGACAAAUAGAGAACUAGGCAAUGCCAUCAGCUUUAAGCUUUUACGCACUUGGAUGACAGAGUGUGCGGAAAGCCACGACGGCUGCCAGCAACGUGCCAAAGACGUUCACAGCUUCCGUCCAAGUCGCCUCAUAGACGUUGAAUCUCAAUCAAUGCGGCGUAUUUAACUCUGCACAGCACCUAGACUUAAGGAUUCGGGCCCGUACUGUGGGCUGAGCUACUGCUGGGGAGGCAAUCAGCCCGAGAACACCACUCUGUCGAACGUUCGUCAGCGGCUGCAGGGGUUUGACUUGGAAAGCCAGCCGAGGACGAUCCAGGAUGCAGUCCGGGUCACGAGGAUAUCAGGCCAUAGAUAUCUCUGGAUUGAUAGUCUGUGCAUCAUCCAAGACGACCCCGACGACAUGGCGAGAGAAUUGAGCCUCAUGCAUCGGAUUUACGAUUCUGCUACUCUUGUCAUUUCAGCUGCGAAUGCAAAUUCUAGCACCGAGGGAUUCUUACGGCUUUGUGAACCUGCGAUGCUUGCCUAUCAGCUUCGCUAUCGAUGCCCAACAGGAGACUUGGGCACUGUUGUUCUCGGUUGGAAUGACAGCGAGUCAGAAGAUCCCAUCCAUCGCCGGGCUUGGACACUUCAGGAACAUCUUCUUGCGCCACGUCUUGCCAUAUAUGGCACAAAAGGCCUCCGGUUUUCUUGUCGACGGGGAUCAUUCAUAGAUGGCUCGCAGACGCCUUGGCCCGUGAACAUCGCUGAAAGGACUACCGAGGGGAACCGCGUCAGUUCCGGCCGUUUAAGAAAUGACAAAGACUGGAACCAAAAGGGAGGCUGGUACAUGCUUGUGCGAAUUCCACCGGAGACAACUUUCUCACCCCACCGACCGCCUUGCUGCCAUUUCAGCCCUUGCGAGUAAACUUGCUGAGGAACAUAACGAUAGAUACCUAGCUGGUCUCUGGGAAUCUGAUUUAUCAGUCGGUUUGCUAUGGGAAGUCGACAAU